GUUCGAUACGUUAUACACGGGAUACGAAUGGGUGAUGAAUAACAAGGAGAUUUUAGAUGGUGAAUUUAAUGAUAUUAACAGUGAUUCGCCAUAUACUGUAAGUAUAUACAGCUUAAAAUCACAUGGAGAUCUCGAAAAUGACACACUUAAGCGUAGAGAGGCAGUUACAACUAGCAAAUUUCUCAUAGGAACAAAUGUGGAUAACUUAACUUUGGAAUUUCAUGGUAUCCGCACUAAUGUUGAUUUUUCAUUUCUUAAUAACAUAAAAGCUCCAGUAACUGUGGAAUGCUUUCAUUGUUCGUACACUUUUAUACAAUCAAUACCAGAACAUGUUAAAGUUGUUGUUUAUACCCAAGAAAACAUACCGGAUGAUGCAUUUAAUAACAUUUUUAAAAAUGUUGUGAAAUUUGGAUUUCAAUCAUUGGAGGUCCGUGGAAAUAUAGUGUUUCCUGAUCAUAUAGAAAGCAUUGAAAUUCUUAGCUGUAAUGCUGAUCAAGGCGUAAAACUGAUGAUUAACGAAAAAUGUAAGUGUGUUAGAAUAUGUAAUACCCCAGUUAAGAUUGUAUUGCCAUGUGUUAUGGAAUGUGAUCUGAGGCCAGGUAU